GCCCCAGCAGGUGUCGCUGUAGCCCCGCACAAGCUUCGGACGAGCUGCCCGUGGAAGCGGAGCGAAGAAGAGCGAGAGCGAGAGAGAUUUCUGCCCGAUGGAUGUGGAGACUUGAUGUAAGUGGCCGGAGCCACAUUCGAGCAGAAAGCAACAAGUCGGGAUCAAGCAGACAACCACCGGCCCGGGUUUUAAACCACCUCAGCAGGCGAAAAUCGCCGUUUGAUCUUCUCCAACUGUGCGUAAUUGUAAGAUGUCUGGAGAGUUUGCGCGUAAAAGUGCGCGCUUCUCCGUGGCGCACCACGCUCGCUUCCAGUCCUAUCUUCAUCUUCAUCUUCAUCUUCAUCUUCAUCGGAUCUAGAGCGUAGCAGGAGCGGAGCGGCCGUCAAACCACCCGAAAAUGGCCGUGCUCCGUCCCGGCCGGGGCAGCUCCGGUCCGCGUCUGACCGGGUCCGUGUGCGUUUGGUUGCUCGUUCUCGCCUCCGUCGCCUCCGCGAGUCGCGACAACGAGACGUGGAGAAAUCCGGCCCGGGAGACACCGGAGGACUCCCGUCACCAAACUAACUCCAGCGCGCACAGAAAGGCUUUCCCCGUCCUCUCCUUCAACUACGACCACGUCAGGAAGCCCUUCGAGAUCUCCCUGUGGAUCCUCCUGGCCCUGCUCAUGAAACUCGGUUUUCACAUUAUUCCCCGAGUAUCAAACGUUGUCCCGGAGAGCUGUCUGCUGAUUGUCGUGGGUCUGCUGGUCGGCGGCAUCAUCAAAGCCAUCGGAGAGGAAGCCCCGGUCCUCGACUCCAAGCUCUUCUUCCUCUACCUGCUGCCUCCCAUCAUCCUUGAUGCCGGCUACUUCCUGCCCAUCCGGCCCUUCACGGAGAACAUGGGCACCAUACUGGUGUUCGCGGUGGUGGGCACUCUGUGGAACGCCUUCUUCGUCGGCGGGAUGAUGUACGGCGUGUGCCGGAUCGAGGGGGCCCAGCUGGGCAGCGUGGACCUGCUGUCCUGCCUGCUGUUCGGCUCCAUCAUCUCGGCCGUGGACCCUGUGGCCGUGCUGGCCGUCUUCGAGGAGAUCCACAUCAACGAGCUGCUGCACAUCCUCGUGUUCGGGGAGUCGCUCCUCAACGACGCCGUCACUGUGGUCCUGUACCACCUGUUCGAGGAGUUCUCCCACGCGGGGACCGUGACCGUGGGGGACGCCCUCCUCGGCGUGGUCUGUUUCCUGGUGGUCUCUCUGGGGGGCGUCCUGGUGGGAGCCAUCUACGGCAUCCUGGGCGCUUUCACCUCCCGCUUCACCUCCCACACCCGUGUCAUCGAGCCCCUGUUUGUGUUCCUCUACAGCUACAUGGCUUACCUGUCCGCAGAGGUCUUCCACCUGUCGGGGAUCAUGUCGUUGAUAGCGUGUGGCGUGAUGAUGCGGCCGUACGUCGAGGCCAACAUCUCCCACAAGUCCUACACGACCAUCAAGUACUUCCUGAAGAUGUGGAGCAGCGUGAGCGAGACGCUCAUCUUCAUCUUCCUCGGUGUCUCCACGGUGGCCGGUCCCCACGCCUGGAACUGGACCUUCGUCAUCUUCACCGUCAUCCUCUGUUUAGUGUCGAGAGUGCUGGGAGUCAUUGGUCUCACGUACAUCAUCAACAAAUUCCGCAUUGUGAAGCUGACCAAAAAGGACCAGUUCAUCGUGGCCUACGGCGGCCUGCGAGGUGCCAUAGCCUUCUCACUGGGUUUCCUGCUGACCAACAACGAGAUGAAGAACAUGUUCCUCACCGCUAUCAUCACCGUCAUCUUCUUCACUGUCUUUGUGCAGGGAAUGACGAUCAGGCCUCUGGUUGAGCUUCUGGCCGUGAAGAGGAAGAAGGAGAGCAAGCGAUCAAUUAACGAGGAGAUUCACACACAGUUCCUGGAUCACCUCCUCACGGGAAUCGAAGACAUCUGUGGCCAUUACGGACACCACCACUGGAAAGACAAGCUGAACCGCUUCAACAAGGCCUACGUGAAGAGGCUGCUGAUCGCGGGCGAACGCUCCACCGAGCCUCAGCUCAUCUCCUUCUACAACAAGAUGGAGAUGAAACAGGCCAUGAUGCUGGUGGAGAGCGGGAGCGCCGCCAAGCUGCCCACGAUCGUGUCGUCCGUCUCCAUGCAGAACAUCCAGCCAAAGGGGCCGGCCAGACGACGGGCGAUACCGAGCAUCUCCAAGAGUCGUGAGGAAGAGAUCCGGAAGAUCCUGCGAGCCAACCUGCAGAAGACCAGACAGAGGCUUCGCUCCUACAGCAGACACGACCUGCUGAUCGACCCGCUUGAGGACAACGUGAGCGAGAUUCGCUUCCGGAGGCAGAGAGUGGAGAUGGAGAGGAGGAUGAGUCACUACCUCACCGUUCCUGCCAACCGCCAGGAAACACCGCCAGUGAGGAAAGUCUGCUUCGAAUCAGAAAACCAGGUUUACAUGUACGAUGACAGCGAGAGCCCCACAGGCCGGGCGUCUCAGCCCCAGCCCAGCCCUCCCGAUGCCGUCAGCCUGUUGAGCGAAUCGCCCCGGGGGCCCGACCAGGGCGGCGCGCCGCGAGCUAAAGGCAACGCCCAGCCGCGGGCGAAAGCGCCAGACGACCAGGAGGAGCAGGAACAACUGAAACUAUCACGCUGCCUUAGUGACCCCGGUCCAAACAAGGACGGGGAAGGGAACAGCUCCUUCCUCUCUUGAUUAGACCGCAUAUUUAUAGUACUUGAAAACAUAGGAUGUAUUCUCCCACUCACUGUCUUCUCUUGUUGCAUUUCAAUGAGUGAAGAUGCCUGAAUGAAUGGGAGUCAUAGCGAAGCUUGAUAUUUAUAAUUUAGUGUUAUUUUUUUAUGUUUUUGUGAUAUGGGAUCAAAAAAAAAAUGCAAAUUGUUUUUUUUGUUUCCAUUAUUUUGGAUGUGUCUUUUUCAAAAGUUAUGACUUUUAUCAUACGUAUUGCCAAACCACGCACCACUGGACAUUUGCUGUUUCAGGGUUCUACGACUGAAAUGAGCCACAUGUCUGCAUUUUUUGUGUCAUGAUUUGCAGACUUGCCUCAGAUAGAACAAAAAAAGAGAGAGAGCGUUUGUUUUAACAAACUUGAAGCACAGGAUGGGUGGAGUUUAACGCUUCUCAAAAGCACAGUGUAAGGAGCGCCAUGAAACGUAGAGCCGGACCGAUAAAUCAUAUCAGUGUUGGCACACGUCGGCCGAAGUAACGAGAAAUUGCAAAACAGACGUUUGUUCAGAUGUUUGAGGUCAUUUAGAAAAAAAAGUGCCUCCACUAUCAGAGAUCACUGACGAGGGUCCGGCGCGACCCCAGGUAUAUUGGUGUGUGUGUGUGUGUGUGUGUGUGUGUGUGUGUGUGUGUGUGUGUGUGUGUGUUUGUCUGUGUGUCCACGAUGUGGUCCAGACUGAAAUAUCUCAACGAUUACUGGACGGCCUGCCAUGAAAUUUUACAUACAAAUCAUUCAUGGCCCCCAGUGGAUGAACCCUACCAUCUUUGGUGAUUUUUCUGACGUUUUCUCUAGCGCCACCAUGAGGUUCACACUUGAGGCUUUCAGUGAAAUGUCUGGAGUCCACUUUGGUGGACUGUAAUGACAGUGGGUUCAGACAUGCGCGUCCCCCUCACGAUGAAUUGUAAACACUUCGAUGGUCCCUUAACUCUGUAGCGAGCAUCACCGUCAGGUCAAAAUUUCCGUUUGUCCUCCUUGUGAACCUGACACUGUUUUGGUUUGACAGAAAACACCAAUCUGCUGAUCCGAGAAUAUUAAAAAUAACCUAAAAGUCAAGAGCAAAAUACGAAUAUCGUUGGACCGACGUCUGUGAAUAAGCUUGGCAGUGUGUUUAUCUUUACAAACGUCGCUGCACGACGGAUCAGUGUUUUCUCAGGGACUUCAACAGGUCACGGUACUAACAGAAAGAAAGUAAGCGUUUCUGUCUAAAACUUGCUCGAAGCGAUCCGUUUUGUGAUGCGACCUUUUAAUAGCUAAAGCGUUUUGAGCUGCUACGAGCUUCAGUAACAUUCUCACAGUAAUCUAGUUCCCCGGCUUAGCAUUUAGGAAACAAAGCUCUGCGCAUCUGUGUUUCCAGUUACCUGAGCACGCUUCGGGACUUUUCUUGGGAGGCUAAAAAGAUCGAAUCACCUGUUCAGACCUGCACUGCACAGCACUGGACUGCCUGAGCUUUUACUGCCUGCACGUUUGCCUUAAACUGUUUUGGCUUUUUGUGUGUUUGCCAGCUGAAGUAUUUUUAUAUUCUGAAAGAAGAAAUGUGUUUAAGUCGUAAAUAUUUGUCAAGUGGAGGAAAAGCUUUAGUUCCUGUCUGAAAUAAAGGUUUGUCACUGUCGACGUUCA